AUGACAGACAUUGGUCAAGAGUCUGAUGUCGCCAAUUCGAGCGUAGAAAUCAAGAAUGUGGAAAAAUCGUGUGGAAACGGUAUUAAUAUUAAGGAGGAAGGAAUUACUGUAAAGAAAGAACAUUUAGAAUGUACACUUUGCAUGGAACGAAGCGCCGAUCUUAUCGAUAUCAACACAAAAACUCAAGCUGGAACCUUUUUACAUGAAUAUCUUUCUAAGUACACCCAAGUAGACCUUAGCACAGAAAAUAACUCGAAGCAGAUAUGUAAAAAUUGUUUUGACCUCAUAGAUAUAUUGGAGCAGACAGAGGCAGAAUAUAUGAAACUGAAAAUUGCAUUUGAAGCUAUACUUAGUAAGAAUCCACUCUUUGAAAUUCAAUUAAGUAAUAUUAAUAUUGUAAAAAGUGAAAGCAGUGGACCUGUAAGAACUCAAAAUUCAGAUUCAGAGGAUGAACCUCUUUCACUUACUAAAAAGAAGCGUGUUGUUUCAAAACCUGAAUCUAAAAAGAAUGAAACACAAGGAAAGAGAAAAGUUGUUAAAAAUAGGCGUAAAUUAAAUGAUGAAAGCUGGGAAUGUAAGGAAUGCAAUGCACAAGGCAGCAAAGGCGGUCAAGCUGCCCUUGUGUCACAUAUGCUUAUGAAACACAUGGCUCCUCUAGAAGUGGAAACUAUCAAGAAAGAAGACAAUGACAAGGCUAAUUCUACAAUCUCCACAGACUUUGAUGAUAUGUUCAAAGUAGAAGAUGAUUACGCAGAUGAUGAUGAUGAGUACAUUCCGGACCCAGCAGAAGGUGAAGACAAGACAUGUAUUGUUGGGCAAAAAAGACGAGGAAGAAAAAAGGGUGUGGGUAAUAAAGCGCCAAAAAAGAUUUUCUAUUGUGAUAAAUGUCCGUCUAAAUUCACCUCUCCAGUUCGGUUGGAACACCAUAAACAAAAGCACGAGGAUGAUGGAAAACCUCCAUAUAUCUGCGAAGUCUGCGGAGCACAUUACAAGCACAAGCGUGCUUGUGACAUACAUGUUGCUUUACAUAAAGGUAUAAGUGAUUGGAAGUGUGAAGAGUGCAAUAAACUGUUUCCCUCCAAGGGUGCAUUACAAAGGCAUAACAAUAUUCACACAGGAAAACUGAACUAUCAGUGUGACCUCUGUGGCAAGUCAUUUAUCCACACAUCAUCAUUCAAGAUGCACAAGCUUUCCCACUCGGGAGUCAAACCGCACUCAUGCGAUGUGUGUGGGUUGGCGUUGAUGACUCGCUCCCAUCUCAAACGACACAAGCGAGUUCAUAGUGGCGAAAAACGACAUGAAUGUCCAGUCUGCGGAAAGAGAUUCUCUGAGAGAUAUAACCUCUUAGCACACAGCAAAUCGCACGAACCAAAUGCGCCGACGCAAGAACCCAACGGUCAACCGCCUGAGAGACGUCGCAUGUUCCGUUGUCCGUACUGCCAGGAAAGAUAUGAGAGGAGGUAUAUGUUAGAGCGACAUGUAUCGGUGGUGCACGGGAGGUCUCUAGAGCGUCCGCCCCCCACACCUCGUAAUACGAUGAGCAAAUUGCUGAAGGCCCAAGCGCAGAGGAGGGCCGCCCAACCACUCGCUCUGCAGCCUGAUGACACGUACAAUUCAGACACAAAAGAUUCCCAGAGCCCGGAAGCAAGGACAUCGCCUACAGCUGCUGUACAAAAACUUACUCACAUAACAACUUCGGAUCCAAUUAGCGCCUGGACCAACGCAUACGCAGCGGAAUUUGGUUUGCGGCAGGAUUACGCGCAAUGA